CGGCUCUUGCAUUAUCUUCGACCUGCUUUUUCUCUUCCAAACCCAUCGCCCAUCUCUCAUCCUUCCCCCGGACUUAUACUCUACCACCAACCACCCCCUAAUCAGCCACCAUGCCUCGUUCCAAGCGUGCCCGCAUCGUUCACGAGUCCAAGACCGCCAAAAAGUCCCACAAGGAACAGACCCGUCGCCUGUACGCCAACAUCCGCGAAGCCAUUGAGAAAUAUGACCAUUUGUUCGUCUUUGCCGUCGACAACAUGCGCAACACUUACCUGAAGGAUGUGCGCACCGAAUUCGCCGACAGCCGUCUCUUCUUCGGCAAAACCAAAGUCAUGGCCGUAGCCCUUGGUCACAACCCCGAAAACGAAGCCGCGCUUAACCUCCACAAAGUCAGCCCUUACCUCACCGGAGCCGUCGGUCUUCUGUUCACGUCUCGCGCCCCCGACUCCGUGACCGACUACUUCGAGUCGUUCCGGCCUCUGGACUUUGCUCGCGCCGGCACCGUCAGCACCCGUGCUUUCACCAUCCCCAACGGUCUGGUGUGUUCCCGGGGUGGAGAGAUCCCCGCUUCUGAGGAUGAGCCCGUCAGCCACACUCUCGAGCCUGAGUUGCGGAAACUGGGUGUUCCGACUCGGUUGGUCAAGGGCAAGGUUAUGUUGGAGUUGACUGAGGGGCAGGAGGGGUACCCUGUUUGCAGGGAGGGAGAGGUGUUGGAUUCGAGACAGACGACGUUGUUGAAGAUGUUUGGGGUCGCUACGGCGGAGUUCCAUGUUGAGUUGAAGGCUCAGUGGACGAGGGAGUCGGGUGAGGUGAAGAUCCUGGAGAAGGAUCAGAGUGGUAUGGAGGUUGAGAAUUAAGAGUUUGGUUUGUUGGGCUGGGUGCAAAAAGUUUCGAGUCAUUCCUAUUCCAACCUUCCUUUUUCUUUAUUAUUAAGAGAGAGGAUGGGAAGGGGGUUGUGGAUUUUUUUUUCAAACACCCUCUUUGAUUGUGAUGUGAUGUGAGAUCCCCUGGGCAGGCAUCUUUGGAGUUGGGCAUAGGCGUUUUCUCUUUCUCUUUUUCUUUUUUCUUGAUGAUGGUUCUGUUCAUCUGAGUUGGUAUAUAUUCUGCUUGAUGAGCGUAUGACGGACAUACCGAUAUGAAUACCAAUCCGAAAAAGCUACAAUAGAAAUACAUCUCUUCCUAUGAAU